AUGUCUUCACCCAUCGUCGAAACAGGAGAGGGAUCAGAGACAAAGCCCUGCCAGAAAUUUGAAGGACACACCAAAUGUCUCGAGGGCGCCAUAUAUUUCCCGGGCGGACAACGAAUGAUGACUUGUUCAUGGGACGGCUCGCUGCGGAUAUGGAACUUGAAGAGUGGGAAACAGAUAGAAGAGGACUGGCGGGAUGGGGAUAACAGUGUGUGGACGAUAGCGUUGUCUCCGAACGGGAGGCAAGUGGUUAGCGGAAGUAAGGAUGGUGGUGUGAGGUUGUGGGACAUCGACACAGGCAAAGUUAUCGCGAAAUGGACAGGACAUACAGAAGCUGUGAGGUCUGUCUGCUGGAGUCGAGAUGGUCAGCGAGUGAUGAGCGGAUCAAUCGAUGGGACUGUAAGGGAAUGGGAUGUGGAGAAGGGAGAGACGAUCCUCAGUCUAAUCGAGACUGGGCACAAAAGGGUAUCGGUGAUGUACCUGGCUUGGACCCCGAGCGGAAAAACGCUUGUCUCCGGGUCAGUCGAUCACUCGAUUAGGACAUGGAAUACUUCAAACUGGAAGCAAAUCGCUGUGCUGGACGGGCACACCGACGCAGUCUUUGGCAUUGCAAUAUCUCCCAAUGGCCGCAUCCUCGCAAGCGCAUCUGCGGACAAGACAGCGCGAUUAUGGAACCUCGACGACAACCAGCCCAUCAGUUCGCUCCUCAAUCAUGCAAAUACAGUGGCCGCUGUGUCGUUUUCAGCAGAUGGAAAGCUACUAGCCACCGGCUGCGAUGACAGCAAUGCAUACAUAUGGGAUAUUUCUGUGAUAUUAAAAGAAGCUGGCCUGGAUGAUCUUUUGGACAGGCCCGACAAGUCGCUACUGGCUGUACGUGAAACUUUCAUCAACAGUUAUCAUUGCACCCAAGCUCGUGCACUCUAG